GUGGUGGCUAUGGAGGGCAUCAUGGGCCUGGAGGUGGUGUUCCUGGUGGUUUUCCUGGAGGUGGUGGUCAUGGAGAGCCUGGUGGUCUUGGUGGCCACGGUGGAGGGCAAGGCGGUGGGUCGUUUUGGGGUGUGCCUGGUGGUGGACCGCCAGGAGGACGUCCCGGUGGCCCUGGUGGACCUGGUGGCAGCGGAGCUCAAAUGGGACAUCAAGGAG